UGCGCGUCUUCUAUCGCCAGCAUGGCUACGGUGCUGUCACGGGCGCUGAAGCUGCCAGGUAAGAAGAGUCCAGACCUUGGGGAAUAUGACCCUCUCACUCAGGCUGACAGUGAUGAGAGCGAAGAUGACCUGGUCCUCAAUUUGCAGAAGAAUGGUGGAGUUAAAAAUGGGAAAAGUCCCCUAGGGGAAGUGCAGGAUGUGGACUCAGAUGUGGAAGCUGGGAUAGCCAAGCAGCAUCUCUCGGAGGGUAUGACAGAAGAGUACCCAAAUGAAAUGACCAAUAGUUUGGAGCAGAAGACAGCCAGUUCUUUGAUGCCUUAUUUGCGCACAGCCAUCUUUUUAUUCACUGUGGUUAUCUCCAUGAUCCUUGUGCUGGUGUGUGCUUUUCUCAUUCCUUGUCCACCAAGAGACUUGCAUAAUACUUGGAUUCACAACCUAGGUCAAGUGGCAGAUGGAGUGCUGUUUCCACCAGAACUUUUUGAUGUAAAUAAUGAUGGUCUCCCUGAUGUCUUGCUCUCCUUCACAGCUUUGAAAAAUGCUAGCGUACUGGGUGUCUCCACGCCAUGGGUAACUAUAAUGGCACUUUCAGGUAUGAAUGGCAGCAUCUUGUGGUCCAGUCAUGUUAAAGAAGAGAUUCUGAGUGUGCAAUGUAAGAAUUUAGACUCUGUAUUCUCAGCAGAGCCUGUCUGCCUUGUUACUGGGACCUCUACAUUCCUCAGUCUUCUGAGUGCCUCAUCAGGGAAGCCAGUUUGGACCUUUGAUUCAUCCCAGUUUCCUAAUGGAAUCUUGGCUGCUCCAGCUGUUAUUAUACCUGAUGUGGAUGGAGAUCGGGUCAGCGAUUUGGUGGUCUUGACCAUUGGAAAAACACAGCCAGAGUUAAGCUUUAUCCUGGUAUCGGGUAAAACUGGAAACCCCGUGGGAGGACCUGUGAAGUACAGUAUCAGCAGAAGUGGAAAACUGAUUGGUCCACAAACUUAUAUCACGAGCCACGGAGCAGUCUACAUCCUGUUUGGCUUUGGUCGGGUCUAUGCGGUUGCCUUACGGGAUAUCUUUGCUCAGGCCAGAAAUCAUGAUAAUUUCCCCCCAUUGCUGCAGCAAGAAGAACCAGAGUGGGAGAAACACAGAUCAGUCAAUUUGUUAGAGUUCAUUGAUAUUUACAGUGGUGGUGUUACAUUCCUACAGGCAGUGAAAUCUCCUGAUAGCAACUGCAGUGACCUUUUGAUUACCACUGAACAUGGUUUGACUUUACUGCGAGGUCAGGAUUUGGAACAGCGUUGGAAUCUAGAACAGACGGAUAUUGACAGCCAGCCUUGCCCAGGGUACUUCAAUGAUGAUCAAACUUUGGACUUCAUGCUUCAGGCACAGCAUGGAAACAUCUCUAGAAAGAUGCUGGUUGUGGAUGGUAAGUCAGGGCUACCAGUUUGGAGCUAUGAGCUGCCGUAUCACAUGAGAAAAUCAGAUGCACUGUCAGUGCUGACUUUGGACAAAAAAUCUGUUUUUCUUUUCUGGGCUAAUGAGAAGCAAUCUGUCUUCAAAAGUUUGGAACCCAGGCCAAGGAUUCACCAUCUUUAUCUUCUUCAUCCUACUUUCCCUUCGGUCCUUUUGGACUUGAGUAAUACGACAGACCCAGUGAUUGCUUCAUCCAUUGGAAUAAAUGAUCUUCAAAAAGAUGCCUUUUAUAUUACUGUGACAACGAGUCCCACUUCUGAACACCAGCCAGGGGUUCUCUCCGUUAGUAAGCUCCGCCUGCGGUGGGCUUUGAUGACCCAGAGCCGGGACAUACCUCUGAAAGACACAGAUCCCAAAAUCAAUCAUGGGGAACUGAGACGGAUUCUUUCCAGGAUCAAAUUUAUUGAUUUUGCUCAGAAGUUCUAGCCAUGUAUCUCAGGUGUUCUGAGUGACAAAAAUAUAUGGAGCUCCAUAUCUACAACUAAGCUGGUCAGUCAGACUUUGGGACAAUUUCAGUUAAUGAAGAAUGGGGACUGAAAACCCAGAUGUUUUAGCACUGGGGAAGCUGAACUGUUCAUCCUUAAGUAUCCUGACUUGAAGGAAAGCUGCUUGUCCCUUCCUUUGCUAUUAUAUGGUUACAUACUUCUUUCCAGGUGGACUGAAUGUGUGUAUUUAAACAGGGAUAUUGGGGUAUGUGUGUAUAAAUAGAUUGUCAUCUUAAUUUAUGAAGUAUAUCAGGAAGUUCCUAUUUAUAUUGUAGAAGGAUUUAAGUUCCUAUUUAUAUUGUAGAGGUAUUUCAGUGUAUUCUGCCUUUUGCCACUAUUCCCUUGGCUGGCACCCUUCACUCUUUGAGUUCCUUCAGCUCUUUUACCUCCUUUUGUUUUAGAGUUACUCUUUUUUCCCAUUCAGUCAUUCCUAUCUUCCAUAAUCCACAGUGAAUGAUGUUAUAUGUUCUAGUGCUGCUUGACUGCAUGCAUGCAUCCAUUCAUUCAGAGCCAGAUGGGAUUUAUUGCCACUGAUAGUGAGGCCAGUGACUAUCAGAUCUCUCAAAUGAGUCUAGAAUCAGCCUAUCCAAAUUAUAGGGGAGUUCUGUGUAACCAAUGGGUAAGAUGUUUGUUGCAAUGCUCUUGUAUUAUUGACUACUUAAAUAGUGAUCAGGCACACUCAAAGAAACAGCAUGAUAGAUGCAUUUGGUGUUAGUAUUACACAAGCUUUGGUAUUACCUCCUAAAAUAGAACUUGUCUAUCAUUAAAUAUGGUGAUGAUGAUUGUACCAUCUUCUCAUAAUGUAUGUUCUCAGUUUUGCUUUGAAGUAUUAAAAAAACUCAAUUCUGACAGAAGAUGCAAUUGAAGCUUUUUCAUAAGAACACGAGAGCCCUAAUGGAUAAGACCAAAGAUCUGUUUAAUCUAGCAUCCUAUUCUGGCUGAACAUCUGCCUUUAGGAAACUCACUAGCCAUUUCCCACUCAUGUUCCCCAAUAGCUGUUUCUCGAUACACAUUUUUGUGACUCCAUUGCUUACAUUCCUCCUCUAAGAGAACUGUCAGUUUAUUCCUGGAUCAGGGCUACUGCCUUGGCAACGUAAGGGGAAGUUUCUCAUACUGGAUUGAAUUGAAGAUCUGUACAUAGCCCCUUUCAAAUGUCUUUCUUCAUCAGCUUUUAUCCUGAUAGUAGUCCUGAGGCAGUGCCUCACUCUGCUGCUCCCUUUUUAUUUGUGUCUGUUGGAGAGGAGCUUGGCUCAAUGUUAGCACAAUUUAUAGCGCUUGUCUUCCUCACUGCCACCUCCUGGGCCUUUCUGGUUUUUCAGAUAAGUUUAAACAAGUAAGACAGUCUUCCUCAAUUUGGUGUCCUUCAGCUUGGUUGGACUGCAACUCCCAUUACUCUCAGUUUAAGGCCCUGCUGCAUAGGAGUAGCAGUCUAAUACAACCAUAAUGUGUGUGUCAUCAGUGUUUUGAGUGUGUCCCUCUGGCUGCUUCACACGGCAGUUUGAUGUAUCUGAAAGGCACCAAGUUGGGGAAAGCAGUAUCCAUGUUGCUUCCAGAGUUUCUGUAACAGGGAACAAUCUUGUGUUGCUUAACCCUUGUUGGCAAAUUCUGAAAACUACUUGAAAUGAUGACAUGCACCCUGAGUUUCUCCUUUUAGCUCAGAUUUGAUUUGUGCCAUUUGGUGCUUCUGAGCCUUCUGUGAUUGUUUUUUCCCCCCUGUAUCCCCUAUGCACUUUAAAGAAAAGGCUUGUCUGUAUGUUGUUUCGAACUAUAAACCUUAACAGAAGAAAUAAAUAUGUAC